CGAAGGACCUUUACGAUAAUUCAGAAAACAGAAAUUUGAACGCGCAUUAACGUUGACCUCGUUUUAUGCGACAAUAAUCACACUUUGUGCAUGGGAAUGAAUUCUACGAAGACAUAAAACGUUAAUGGAUAUAUUCUAAUAAAGUGUGUCGUUGCAAUGACAGGUGGAGGUUCUCUAGCCGAGAAGAAAAUAUUUCACGUAGCUAGCUGGUAAACAACUAGCUAGCCCGCUCACUUACAGAGGGUGAAAUCGACACUAUUCACGUCAGAGGGGUGUCGGACUCAGUUUSGUUUCAGAUAUUUAUAUCAGAAAAGUGGUGAAUCUUCCCGUUUGUCGUUGCUAGUAGCUAGCUUGGUGCUCGUGCUUAGUUGGCAAUCGGGAACUAGCUAAGCUUAGUCGGCAAGUAGGAGAGUAACGUUAGGGCUGUGGAAUGGUCCGACUUGUUAACGUUAGUUAGCCAAACACAGCAAACAAGAGCCAUGAUGAAGAGAAGGGGCGAGGCGGCCUCCGAACCGCUGAAACGGAUUAAAAAACAACGUCUUGAGGAAGCCAGCUCAGAUGAGGAGUCGCCGCUACUGACAACCAGUCAGUACUCUAGUCAGAGUGACUCCCACAGUGACUCAGAGGACCAUAGACCAGGGUUCUCUAUGCCCAUUGUAUCCCAGAAUGCAUCAGCCACAGACGAUGCCAAACAGAGCGACGCCAACAAGUUCACCAUGUACAACAGCGUGUCGCAGAAACUCAUGGCCAAAAUGGGUUUCCGGGAAGGUGAGGGUCUAGGUAAGUUUGGCCAGGGGCGCAAGGAGAUCAUCGAGGCAUCCACUCAGAGAGGGAGGAGGGGUCUGGGACUCACGCUGCAGGGCUUCCAGGGAGAGCUCAAUGUUGACUGGCAAGACGAAAUUGAGCCCAGUGCUGUAGAAGAGCUGAAGUGGUUCCCAGAAUGCUCCACAGAGAUCCCAGAUGCAGAUGAGCUGAGGGGGUGGAUGGCUGUGGGACCGAGGAAACUGAGGAUUGAGGAUGAGACAGAGUUUUGCACAGAGGAUCUUCUACACAGCCUUCUGAGGUGCAAGACGGUGUUUGACGAUCUGGAGGGGGAGGAGAUGAGGCGAGCUCGAACACGCUCCAACCCCUACGAGACUAUUAGAGGAGCCUUCUUCCUCAACAGAGCGGCUAUGAAGAUGGCCAACAUGGAUCACGUCUUUGACAGCAUGUUCACCAACCCAAAGGAUUCACAAGGGAAGCCCCAGACGCGAGAGCGCGAGGGGGAGCUGCUGUAUUUCGGGGAUGUGUGUGCGGGGCCGGGGGGAUUCUCAGAAUACAUCCUGUGGAGGCGGCGCUGGCAUGCCAAGGGAUUCGGCAUGACCCUCAAAGGACCCUGCGACUUCAAACUGGAAGACUUCUACGCUGCACCCAGCGAACUGUUUGAACCCUACUACGGGGAAGGCGGGGUGGAUGGGGAUGGUGACAUCACUCGACCAGAGAAUAUCAGUGCCUUCCGGAAUUUCAUCAUGGAGAGUACAGAGAGGAGAGGACUGCACUUCCUCAUGGCUGACGGGGGGUUCUCAGUGGAGGGGCAGGAGAACAUCCAGGAGAUUCUGAGCAAACAACUACUGCUCUGUCAGUUCCUCACCGCAAUGUCUGUGCUCCGGACAGGUGGUCACUUCGUGUGUAAGACCUUUGACCUGUUCACACCGUUCAGUGUGGGGCUGGUGUACCUGCUCUACCUCUGCUUCGACCGGGUGUCCCUCUUCAAACCCAUCACCAGCAGGCCCGCCAACUCCGAGAGAUACAUUGUGUGUCGCGGUCUGAAGCCUGGUUCAGAUCCGGUCAGGGAGUACAUGUUCACAGUCAACCUGAAGCUCAACCACCUGAGGAACUCGGAGUCUGACGUCAACGAGGUGAUGCCCAUCGAACUCAUCAAAGGAGACACUGAGUUCUACAACCACAUGAUCAACUCUAACGAGAGCCACUGUGUAGUCCAGAUCAAAGCCCUGGCUAAGAUCCAUGCCUACGUCUUAGACACGACCCUGUCAGAGGCCAGGCAGGCUGAUAUUCGGAAGGAGUGUCUGAAGCUUUGGGGGAUUCCUGAUAAGGCCAGAGUCACUCAUGUCUCUUCAGACCCCAAUUCCAAAUUCUAUGAGCUGAUGAAGGGUUCUGACAUCGAGUUGUUGAACUCCAAGCCCACCCCUCUGAGCUCCACCACUCUGGACAAGGUGCACCAUGUCCUGGACUACCGGUGCAUUGUGGGAGGAGGGGAACAGCUCUUCCUGUUAGGUCUUGGGAAGUCUCAGAUCUACACCUGGGACGGCAAGCAUCCUCUGCGCUGGAGGAAGCUGGAGAACUUCAAGCUGGAGCUGCCCAGAGAGACCCUGCUCAGUGUAGAGAUUGUCCAGGAGCUGAAGGGAGAGGGUAAAGCCCAGCGCAGGAUUAACGCGGUACAUGUGCUAGAUGCCCUGGUUCUCAACGGCACUGAUGUACGGGUCCAGCACUUCAACCAACGAAUCCAGAUGGCGGAGAAGUUUGUGAGGGCCGUGGCCAAGCCAAGCCGACCAGACAUGAACCCUAUCAGAGUGAAAGAGGUGUACAGGCUGGAGGAGAUGGACAAGAUUUUUGUCAGACUGGAAAUGAAGGUGACUAAGAGUUCAGGAGGAGUCCCUCGUCUGUCCUACACUGGCCGGGACGACCGCCACUUCCUCCCGAAUGGCCUAUACAUCAUCAAAACUAUAAACGAUCCCUGGACGAUGGCGUACAGUAAGAACACCAAGAGGAAGUUUUUCUUCAACAAGAUGACUAAACAGUCCACUUACGACCUGCCAGCCAACUCUGUGGCUCCGUUCCACGUCUGCCAUACAGAGCGUCUGUUCUGGGCGUGGGAGGACGGGGUCAGAGUUCACGACUCUCAGACGCGGGUUGACCCUGAGAAGCUGUCUAAGGACAAUGUGCUUUCCUUCAUCCACCAGCACUACCAGCCCUGAGCCACCAGGGGGAGUCCCCCAGACACAUAGAAUAUUGCCAUAGACAGAUAACAGUACCCUGCACAUGGUUUGGCAAACUGGCAUUCACAAAAUGUUCAWGGGCGUUAUUUUGGCUUGAAAAAAAAUUGGCGGUUAGAAUUGGAUUGUAAUAAAAUGUUUGGUGCCAACAUGAAGGACAGUUUGCCGAACUCUGUGGCUCUUUGAGACAGCUCUCCCUGUAAUUAUGUUACAAAGACCACUCUCUCCUCUCUACUGCCCCAAGCUCUAUGUAUCAGAUCAGAUCCACUGUACAGAAUGCAUCUUAGAAGUGAUUUUAAUACUUUAUGAAGAAAACCAACAUUGACAAGCUGUCACAUUACGUGUUGCAUUGCAUGCUCCUGUUUUUUCUAUUGAUUCCAUGCCCCCCGUCCCUUUGCUUGUAUUCAUGCCAUGCCUCCAUGAUUUGCAGUGUGUUUGUGUACAAGAUGCGGUGGUGUACUCUAAUUUAGAACCUCUCUCCAAAGCUCAAACACUACAUAUGUUUUUGUCUGGAACUGAAAACCUCCCAUUGUGCCUUUUUUAAAGGGAUACUUUGGGAUUUUGGCAAUGAGGUCUUUUUCUACUUCCAGAGUAAGAUGAACUCAUGGAUACCAUUUUUGUCUCUGUGUCCAGUAUGAAGGAAGUUAGAGGUAGUUUCCCUUUAAGGCACUGCACUAUACGUCCUGGUAUGCCUGACUUUCAAAACUGAGUCCAAUCAUCUCACCCACCCAGCUUGUUUUUACCCUCCAAGAUCUUUACUGGAGUGCCUAGCCAGUCAAGCUCUUCUCCUUUCAGCAACAACUAAACCUUUGUACACAUGGGGAGUGGUGAGAUGUAGCAUAACUAGUGCCCAGAGCAGGGUUGUGGUCCAAUCCAUUUCAAUUCAGAAAGUAAACCCAAUUCCACAUUUUCUUCAUCAAAAAUAAUUGGAAUUGUAGUGUACUUCCUGAAUUGAAAUUUACCACAACCCUGGUCAGGGGAAAACUCCUGGCCUUCAUUGAAAAACUGGGUUAUAUCAAAUACAGCCUUUCCUUCCAUGCAUUCUAGCCUGUCUGUCUAGGGGAUUAAUGGGGGUUUCAGGUUUUGGGACUUUCUACUCGUCGUCACCGUGUUUAUUUUGUUGCAUCCUGUUGCCUUGCUCCGCUGUCCUAGUUUUGUUUAGUUUGUGAAAUGUUAAGGAUGAGGUCACUUUUUUCUUUAUGUUUCAAACCCUGUUGAUGAUAAUGUAGUAAUAAAAAGAAAAGUUUGUUCUUCCCAGAAACCUUUC